AUGUGCGAACAUACGUGCUUUCUAACCAUUGUUGUUGUUUUUUUUUGUUUUGCUUUUUUCUGUAUCAGGAAACGAGAAAACAUAGAAAAGGAGCUGUUCAAAGCUCUGGCCAAGCGAGUGGAUGGCUGCUGUAGGGAGACAUGUCCUACUAAAGAAAAAGAUAUGCCUGCAUGUGGUUACUGCAUUCCUAACGCCAGGUGUAAGAACGAUGAGAAAGGAAUGUUUGUGGAGGUCAGAUAUUUCCAGCUGCUCGCUGUUGACAUCCACGAUGACGUCAAGAGUAGGUAUCUCCGUCAAGUCACGGAGGCGGCCGAGGAGGAACGGGCCGAGUUUGAGUUGCAAGAGAAGGUUGUUCGCAAGGAAACUGAGAGGCUCAGAAAUGAAAUCUACAAUGAGGCCAGAGAAAUAGCCCAGAAUGCGAGCGCCACAGCAACCGUACUUGACGCCGGGGCCAAGGCAGAAGCGCUUAAAGUGGUUGAGCAAGCGAGAUCUGAGGGCUUGAAGAACAUGUACUCAGUGCUUGGAAUAACCAGCGACGAGGAGAAGGCGGCUUUUAACUACCUGAGAUCACUGCGUCAGAACAAAAAUGUCAAGCUUAAUGUUGGCUACCAAUCACUCGCACAAUUUCAAAAUAAUUAAGUUGUCGCGUUGAAAUAAUGUUGCUGUUAAUCUUAAUUAGCACCGCAAGAGAAUGAAAAGGUUGAGCGGAAGAUGUCGUAAUUAGCUUGCAAUCUUUGUUAAUGCUGAAAGUAAAGGCAAACUGUAAGACGCUACCAAAUCACAAUACUCGAGAUAUCGGGUUAAUAUUUUCCUUUGAAAUAUUGAGCUGUAAUAAAAGAGCGUGGCGCAGUUUGCUUACUCUUUUCUAGAUAAUCUUUCGUGCAUUGGAGGUAAAAUACUUACCAUGCAUGUCUACACAAUUUUGUAUUAAUAGUUUAUAUCAGUUUUGAAAUGUUGAGAUAAAUAACGCCUAUUUUUGAGCAUUUUUUCCUGUACGGUUGCAAUAAAAAGUAUAUUCGGAAGCUCUUAGCUUGAGAUCAAGAGCAUCGAGUUAA